AUGCUGGAGGACAGGCCUCAGUGGGGCUCGCUGAGGCCGGGCAGGAAGAGCCUGCACGCGGGGCCCUCGUCGGACCUCGUCUCGCCGAGCUCCAAGGAGCUGCCUGGUAUCGUCGCCUGCGGCUCGGUGUUACCGCCACUGCCACAAGGCAGCCUCCAGGCGUCGCCGAGGCCGUCGCACAGCCGCGUGCCGUCGAAGCAGUCGCCUGGCUGCGUGGCCGACGAGGACGGCGCCCAGCCCGCCGAGGCGGAGGCAGGUGCGCAGGCCGCCGUCGCCUCCUCGCGGAGCACGCCGACGCUCCAGGCGGCCACCGGCGCCGCGGGAGACAAGAGGAAAGGCGGACUGGCUCCGCUCCGACGUUCCAUGAGAUCGACGAGCACCCCAUCGGCGCCCCGAGGGUCGUGGGCGCCGGGCAGCUCCGCGGACACCGCGAAGAUGCUGUCGGGUGGCCGGCUCAGCCCAUCCAAGAGCAGUUCGCCCAAGGAUUUCAAGGCUGGUUUCCUCGAGUCAACCUCGAGCAUCUUCGCGGACACGCGAGCUUCGUGGCCCGUUCAGCCCUCCCCGGGCGAGAAGUCCCAGAAGCUGCUCGAGGGCCUGAACGACCUGCGGUGGACCGCAGCGAACGGCGUGGAGACCCCUGACAUCUCGCUGGGCACGACCGCAGCGGUCGUCAACGACCUGGGCGACUGCGAGUCGCGGCUGCGCCAGCUGGAGAGGGAGCUGCUCGAGAAGUCCACGGGCCUGGCCGCCGACGGCGCGUCCCGCCACGCCUCCGUGCUCGUCAGCCAGCGCACGCUGCAGUGUGCCCGCCGCAAGGCGGAGCUCCUGAAGGAAGUGGAGAAGGAGCUCAGCAAGUUCGAGACGGAGUUUGCCGACCGCGACAAUCUUCUCUUGCUGGUGAAGGCUGGCGACGUGCUUGUGCCGCCGGUUCUCGCAGGUGCGCUGAAGUUCGUGGCAAGUUUUACCCACGGCCCGGAAGAUAAGCCCUCUGAGGCAGCAGCUAGGGACGAGUUCGAGGUGUUUGUGAAGACGUUCAAGCUGCCCGGCAAGCAUCAUUUCCUGGAGUCCUACAGGAAGCAGAUCUUUGAGGCCGGCGAGUGGUGGAUAGAGUCAUUCCUCAAGGAGGAUGCGUACGGCCAGGCGGUCCACCCGGUGCUCAAGCGGAUCUACGACGUCGCGCGGGCCGCCGGGCUGCCAGACGACCACCCCAAGAUCCUGACGGCAGAACGGCUGCUGAAGGUUUAUCCGCUCGCGUGGGUGCUCACGGAGGCGCAGAGAGAGCUGGAAGUGGACGACGACAAUGUGAAGAAAGAUCCCGACAUGAGCUGUGGCAUCCAGGUGCUCGGAGCGGCCACCGAUGCCGCUGCCAGGAUCGAGCAGAACGUCAUGGAGGCCAAGGAGAAGGGAAUCUCAGAAGGCGACCCUCAGAUGGCAGAGGCAACCAGCAUCAUGAAGGAGCUGCGCCAGCGCGACGCGGGGCGCAAGCGCCUCGUAGCGCGGGCACGGCGCUCGAUCAGCAACGCCACGACAGCUUGA